AUGUUUCUAGGAAAAGCAGGGGUUAUGGCUUUGUAUGCUAAAAGGAAGUUUGAUCAGAAGGGCAAGUUGCCACAUCAAUACUUGUUGGAUCAUCAACAAAAAUUCCAAUCUCAAUUGAAAAAGAAGAAUAUUUAUAGCAUAUGUUAAUAUCCAAAAGGAGCCUGGUUUUUAGGUUUGGUAUUUGUAUCCUCAGGAAUAUCAUUGCUCUACAUAUUACUCAAGUACGAUAAAGGAGAUUUAACUUUGUGGUGGAGAUUCUUGAUCAUCAUUGGAAUGACAAUUUUAGGAAUUGUAUUUCUAACAAGUGUUGAUCGAAUGAAAUAUGAAAUACACAAAACCCAUCAAAUCUUAUUAAUAGAGAGAAUGAAUCCAUUUCUAUUUUGUCGUAAAAUUACAAUCAUUAAGGAUUUGGAAUAAUUGGAAGAUAUAAGAAUAACCAAAAAGGGUCACAAAUCAGUUGAGUAUUACACAAUUCAAUUUAUUUUCAAAGACUCUAAAGUAGAUACUCUUGAGUAUAAUGAAUUAAGAGAGUCUAAAUUGAAAUUUACAGAAAUUACUACAUUUCUAGAUUAACAAAAGGAUUUAGGUAAAAUUCGAAUAGAGCACGAACUCGAUCCUUAUUAUCAGUUUGCCAACAAUUCCAACUUAAAUAAUAAUAAUAACAAUAAUGAUAAAAAUAAUAAUAGUGAUAGUUAAAAAAUCAACUAAUAGGAGUUAAAUAAAGUUAAUUAAUAAUCAUAUUAUAAUCAAGAGAAUCAGAAGUCUACAAUUGAAGAGAAGUAUAAGGAAAACGACGUAUUAUUAUGA